UUUGACUUCGGUCUCAGUGUAUCGGAAGCAACAGUGGCAAGAACUCCGAGCGGUGAGGCUGGGAGCCGGGGGGAGCUGGAAAUUGCGAAAUUCCAACCAAAAAGAGGGAGGGGUGAAAGAAAAAACAAGAAUAUCUCGAUUCUGCUGGGAAAGCGCUGGAUUUUCUUUAGGAAUCUGAGCUGACUGCACACACACACACACACACACAUAUACACAGAAGCUAGAUUAGCCAAGAGAGACAGAAGAAGAAAAAAAUAAAACUACUGCAGAGCUCCUGGGUGCUGCUGGAGUCGGGCGAUUUACCGAAACUGUGCGAGAAGCUGAAGUUCACCUACAGGCAGACCUCCGGCUGUCGUCUCUCUGUGUGCCUAUGUGUGUGUGAGUGAGACAGAGACCGAGCUAGGCUAACACGCACCGAGCUCUCCAUGGCUGAUUAGACAGUGAUGUUUGGAGAGAGGGCAAGACCUGAGCACAUCCUAGGGGCUCCGACUCCCACCCAUGGGUGCCCGCCAAGGAGAGCUGGCGACGGCGCGGCCGAGCUAGUGUGCCCCGCUCCCGGUACCGUGGAGAGAGACUGACCAGAGGGCAGUCUGCGAACGAUGGGUUUCAGUGGGAUCGCGGUGUUGGUGAUGGCUCCCACUGUCUUCCUGAGUGUCGUCGCUGUUGCUGCAGAUCGGGGCUGCCCUGCCAACUGCAGGUGCCAUGGGAAAAUCGUGUACUGCGAGUCACUCAGUCUGCAGGAGAUCCCUCCGAACCUGUCCCCAGGCUCGCUGGGCCUCUCACUGCGAUACAACAGCCUGCACCAACUGCAGCCCAACCAGUUCCUGGGCCUCAAGCAGCUGACCUGGCUGUACCUGGACCACAACUACAUUGACCAGAUCCACGAGCAGGCCUUCGCUGGAGCCCAUCGCCUCAAGGAGCUGAUCCUGAGCUCCAACCGCAUCAGCACCCUUUCCAACCAGACCUUCCGGCCAGUCAGUAAUCUCCGUAACCUCGACCUGAGCUACAACCAGCUGCAGGCAUUGCAGCCAGAGCAAUUCCGGGGUCUCCGUAAGCUCCAGAGCCUGCACCUGAGGUCCAACCGCUUGCGGACGGUGCCAGUCAGGAUUUUCCAGGACUGUCGCAAUGUGGAGUUCCUCGAUCUGGGUUACAACCGAAUCCGCAGCCUGGCCCGCAAUGCCUUCGCUGGCCUGGGGCGCCUGGUGGAGCUACACCUGGAACACAACCAGUUCUCCAAGGUCAACCUAGGCCACUUCCCCCGGCUCCUAGCCCUGCGUAUCCUCUACCUGCAGUGGAACAAGAUCAGCGUGGUCAUCCAGGGCAUGUCGUGGACCUGGAGCUCCCUGGAAAAGCUUGAUCUAUCCGGCAAUGAGAUCCAGGCCAUUGGGCCCAAUGUCUUCCAGUGUGUGCCCAACCUUCAGACCCUGCAGCUGGACUCCAACAAGCUGACCACCAUUGGGCAGGAGAUCCUGGAGUCCUGGAUCUCGCUCAGCUCCAUCAGCCUGGCUGGGAACAUGUGGGAGUGCAACCGCAACAUCUGCUCGCUGGUCAACUGGCUCAAGAGGUUCAAAGGUCGGAAAGAGAGCACUAUGCUGUGUGCCGGGCCCAAGGCGCUGCAGGGAGAGCGAGUCAUGGACGCAGUUGAUAACUACGAGCUCUGCAUCAAAAAGCAGAGGGUCUCCACCCAAGCCAUGCCCCGGGCUCCUGCCAGGCCCACCUUCAGAACGAGACUUCCCAAAACCAACACGGAGGUCAAAGGCCAGCCUGUGCCCGCGGCAAGCGCCAGCCCUACCGAUGCCAGCCCUGACCCCGACCUGGGUGAACCCGUCUCCUUCCACAAGAUCAUAGCGGGGAGCGUCGCCUUGUUCCUCUCCGUGCUGGUCAUCCUGCUGGUGAUCUAUGUGUCCUGGAAGCGGUACCCGGCCAGCAUGAAGCAAUUCCAGCAGCGCUCACUGGGGCAUCGGCACCGGAAAAAGAAGAGGCAGUCUCUGAGACAAAUGGUGCCCAACACCCAGGAGUAUUACGUUGAUUAUAAAUCUGCCCACGCUGAAGCCACUGAGAUGCUGAUGAAUGGAGCAGCUCCAUGCACCUUUAAUAAAUCAGGCUCCAGGGAAUGUGAGAUCCCCAUCGCCAUGAACAUCUCAUCCUUCCUCACCUACGACGAGCCAACGCUAAGUUAUUGCGGAGCGCAUCAGGGACACCAGGCUCAUAAACAGUACAAAGUUCAACCCCAGGAGGACAACGCGGGAGACACCCACAGGGAGGCUGGGACAGAACUGAGCACAAUAGCCACAGUGACAUGCUCUGUCAGUCAAAUCUAGGAGGACUGUAAUGGCCUGGCCCGACUUGACACUCCUCAGUUUAUUGCCAUCCACAAGAAUGAACUCAAUGAGGGCAGUAGGCUAUUGAUAAACACUGAGGGUGCCAAGGCAUAAAUCAUUACAUAAAUGCAGAGUUCCCGCUAUCAGAGUUCAAACAGAAGGCACUGUCAACUCGACUGACUCCCUUUUUUUGCUGCAGUUUGUACUGACUUUAUCUGUGGAGUAUUUUUUAAAAGCAAGAAAGCAAAGAGCUUGUACAGAUUUUAUUCUGGGUCCUUGUCUUUAACAACCCACCUGUAUAUACUUGAACUAUUUAACAUGGUGUAAAGAUACAGUAUUUUUCAUAAAGAACAUGGUUUGAAAUGACAAAAAAAAACUAAAAUAGCUAAUGUCAGUCGUGCACUUAUUUUGAGCUUGUUCGCCUUUGGUGUCAGUGGAAUUGGAAUGCUAAUUGAAGAUUGUCUUGUGUUAUUUAAAGACUGUUCCUUAAAGGAGAUCCUUUUUUGUAAAAAAAAGAGAUAAAUAACUGUUGCUUUCAUUUUUUAGCCAGUUUUCUCUGCAACACUGACUGAAAAAUGCAGAGUGCAGAUCACAGUCACUGCACAGUGGUAUUUGUUUUUAAGUGUAUGUGGUAAUUACACCGAACAAGAAUUAUUCAGUGAUCGUUUAUAUGUAUUUUAUUAACCUCAGCUGGAAAAUGUAAUUGGCUAUUUAGCACUUCUCAACAGACUUAUUAUGAGUUUCUCUAACAGGAAAUUGGGAUCUAGUUAAAAUUUAUCCUUCUGAUGCAACUUAGAAAUAAUAUGCAACAAUUAUAAAUUUUCUAACAUUUAAUGUAUGGUAGUCUUGUAGAAUUUGUUUGUGGGUAGUCAGGGUAACAGAGUUGGCAUGGCCUGGUGUGCACGGUCUUCUAUCUAUUCCUAAAGUGGAGCUGAGAAACUCAAUGGAUUGUUAUCUUUCCACUGGGAGUUGGGAUAUCAGGUUUAUGGGUAACGAUGGUAACUUAGUGGUUUGCAUCGCAAUCCCACCCUCAAGCAACUGUCUUUGUGGAGUUUGUCCAUUCUCCCUGUAUCUAUGUUGGUUUCCUCUGGCUGUU